UGGCGCGGCCAAGUAAAUUUCAGUUACUGUUUGGAUACCAAUUGUGCUGGACAGAGUUUCUCAGUCUGUUUGGAUUUUCUUCCCUGUUCAACCCCACCCAUUGUUGAGUUUGUGGCUGGUUUUGGCGAAUCACUCUCCCCGAUAUUUGUGGCUUGGGUGUAUCAAUUUACGUGGAAAUUGAGGCUUCGCUGGAGGGAGAGAGCGUCACUUGAUCUGAACCUUUGUCCAGUGGAGUUUUUGGGCCAGAACAGCCUAAAAGACAACUGCCAGAGAAGCGAAAGAAAAAGGGGGACCAAGAGAGAGAGAGAGAGUUGAAAAGGAGACCAUAAAAUAAGAACAUGGCAAAGUACGGAUUCGUGUUUUUGGUGGUUCUCGUUGUGGCCCUCAAUGGAGCUGCUGCCCUGCGGUGUUGGCGAUGCAGUUCCGACGCCACGAAUGCCGCCUUCUGCGGAGAUCCUUUCGAUCCCAGCAUCCUGACUGAACAGCAGAGGCGCUGGAGUUACGUGGACUGCUCCUUCCCACCCAGUCAACUGAAUCCCUACAGCUCCACACAGUCGCGUCCUGUGUGCAAGAAAAUGAAGCAGAAAAUCUAUGACAAGAUCGUGGUGUCUCGCUCUUGCUUCUGGGAGGACAUCAACACCCCGCCGGACACAUGCAUGAAGGCCACCACGCCGUCUUUCAUCGAGACGGAGUUCUGCGAGACGUGCUCCCAUGACGGAUGCAACGGCGCCUCCCAGUACGGCCCCAUCGCCCUCCUCGUGGCCAUUCCCGCCGUCCUGGCCAAGGUGCUGGCCUGGUAGGGAGCGCGGGUGCUCCGUAGAUUCUUCUCUGCUGCUGCGUGAAUAUGAUUGUCUAACACGUCCUGGAUGUUCUGUGCCGAGAUGAGUGGUGGGAAAAGGCUCUCGCAAGACCACUGACAAGAGUGUGUGUACUUACCCAGGAAUCAACAACGCCAAUAGACCUCCGAAUUACACCGAAAUUGCCUUCGAAAGUUGAAUAGAAUGGAACAUUGAGGCCUUUUCUUAGCUCUUUUCUCACUGGGAAUCUCUCUUUAUAUAUUUUUUGAAAAGCAAAUCUUUCUAUAAUGUAAGCGAUAAAGAUGUCAGUGUGGAAAAGUAUAAUUUAUUUGAGGAUUCAUGCAGAUUUUUUUGUUAAGAAUUUAUAUGUAUGCAUGUAAAACUUAGAUGGUAGGACGACAGAGGAGCAAAACUUUAUAUAGAAUCUCACAGUGUUUUUUUUUUUAAGAUAACUUCAUGAGAGGAAUUCAUUCCAGAACAGAGAUCAUAGGCAAUGUCUAUCUUUAGUAGAAAAUAUACUCCGCACAGUCGUUAAAACUGGAUGGGAAAAGGUGCAAAAUUUGUCGCUAAACACACUCAUUUUAUUCUUCUCAAACGCCUCUUCAAUUGUCGAUCUAUCCGCAAUGGUCGUUAGAUUACGAUUAAACACUAAAGGCAUCAUGUUACAGUGUAAAAUUGAUUGAUUUGUAAAUAAAACAGCGGAAAAGAAACAA